CCAACGAAGAGCGCACUGUGUUCCAAAACAAGGCGGCGGUCCUCUUAUGUUUUAUGACCGUUCCUACCGCCCUUGAUAGAAACCUAUGUCGACGGAAACAAAUGUGUAACUGCGAAUACGCAUGCUGUAAUACGUUCUAGCCUGGGAUUGACAAGACGACGAAUAAUCUAUUACAUAAUACGUAUUUAUGUAGAAACAUGAUGUGAAAAAGAAUUGCUAGAAGGAAGAGGUGGGCUAUAAAAUAUACGGCGUCUUUUUAAAAUGGAAUUUGCAACUGGAUUGAGCAGUCACAGUGGGCCUUGAUCUUAUAAUUGCGAUUGAAUUGAAUAAAUAUCAAUCAUUAUCUGAUAUUUUCAGACGCUGGAACUGCGUCCGGUGUUCUUUGAGUUUAAGUCUCACCUGCCUUAUCGCCUCAAGUGGUUGUUUUUUCAGUUAGCCCAUCGGCACAUUGGCACAGCUAAUUGUUGUUUCAUUACCUUUUUGUGUCGACAGUUCCGGGAAGCAAGAACUAAAGGAAGGGGGAUCAAAAGUCCAUCAUGGCCGCCUUUUUUCUUUUCCACCACAGUUUUUCAUUACUCAACCUCUACCUCUAGGUGUUUGUUGAAACUUUCCUAAAUGAAACUCGUACCGCGCCCCAGCAGUUCAAUUCGUGUCGUCCUAAGAACAAGUGAUCUCUUUGUGUCUCAAAUGAAUGUGCAUGUGACAGUAAGAACACGAGUGUUAACAGUUUGCCAACUGGCUAUUUCAUUUGUGUCGUGAACACGUUAAGGAUCCUUUUUGCUUUGCUCCUAUGCAGACACGUUACAAAUCGCUUUCAGGUGUAUGGUUGUGUAAGACAUGGAUCGAAAGAAAACUCUCCAUCAAGCGACUUUGUUCACCUUUUCACAGCUGGCCAGCUUGAAGGGAUGGUUCAACUUUAGCUGGAGCAGUUCCAAAAGGCGGAGUCCGUGUCCAAAGCAAGAAAACUAGAAAGAAGAAGAAGAAGAAAAAAAAGAGAUAGUUAUACACACAAGGAAGCAUGUAUAUAAUAUGUGGCCCUCAUUUUCAACAUCCACAUUUGUAGUUCUAUAUGGGCGGUCGAUUAGGAUGAGAGUUCUAGCGGUUACCAACACACCAGCACCACGUUUAAAAAAAGCAUGUAAUUUUUAUCCUUUUAUUUUCUCUCUUUUCCCCGUUUAAAAAAACGUUGCGCGUCGUGUCUAUGUUGCGGCGCUAUCUGCCGCAGAUAUUGAAUAUGACGUAAUGAUAAAAGUAUAUAGCCAUACUGCUUCAUUGUUCAAGUUUUCUCAAUAAUAAUAUAAUGUGUCCUGAUGCUCCCUGCCCAGCAGACUGCCUGCCCACCCCUCUUUUUUUUUCAAAUCUACUAAUGUGUGUGAAUUCGAGGGCUUUUGUCUCCGAACCAGCAGCGGUUGGGGGUGUAGAUGUAGAGGGGGGUUCGGUAUGCGCAACGCAGAUUUUUUAAAAAUACAUAUAACAUGUUGCAUCGCCGACGUCCACCCCCUGUGUACUGUGUACAAAUAUACAUACUGUACGUCUGUGCGUAUGGAUAUAUGUGUCUUUAUGUGAAGAGUACGAUGACAACAAGCUCAGCAGCCAGGGGCUUCCAGUAGUUCAUCACGUUUGAUUAAACCGCGCACUCGGCUUUUUUAUACUCGCGCGCUGACUGAAAAGCGUAUAGAAUGUCACCAGUAUAUACCACUCCAGAAAAUGCAGUGUCUAAUAUGUACAAUAUAAUGUACUGUGUACAUCUAACUCGCUUUUUAUCUAUUCUUUUUGUUCAGUGCUCAAUGAACGACCCUCAUCAAACCGCGACUGCUUGACAAAGUUCCUACAUUUCUUUCCUUUUAUUUUUAUUUUUUUUCAGGGUAGGUUGAUUUCCUACUCCAGUUGAGGGGGGAACUCUUCUUAUUUUUAUAAUAGGCACGUCCUUUUUUUUUAUGUAUUACAUUUGUGGGUUCACAUUUUUGUUAACAAACUGUUUGUAUCUCGGGAAACGACAGAGACAGUGUUGAUAAUGGGAUUUUCCAUCUUGCAUGUCGAUUAUUACAAACAUUCGUGGCCAAAGUUAUUGUUUCCUUUCGAUAUUAACCUCUGCGUCGUGAGCUCAAUCUAUAACAGGGAAAUUUCCACUGUCCGUUACGCAUUUCCCAAAUGAAUUAUAUGACGCCAAUUUCUUUUGGGAAGUGUUUCUCGGCUAAAAAUAGUCGAACUCAACUAACAGUGACAAGGAAACAAAAACGGAAUAUUUAAGUUUGUAUGGUAUUAUUAAUGUCAAGACUUGAAGGCUUUGUCACUCAUUUUUCCACCCUUAAUAAAUGGUAGUUUGGGGGCACAAAAGGAAAUCUUUGCGUGUAACAAUAGGCCUGUGUUUCUAUGUACAAUUCAUACGAAAUACAUGUAGACUAUAGAGAGGAGUGAAACCACGGAGAACGAUCAUAUUUCACACCUUGUGCAAUCUAUUAUAAUCAAACGAUUCGCAUGCAAACACAAGAGGGGUAAAAAUGAAAUAUAGAAGAGAAAAAAAAAAGACCACCUAUAAGAGUAUACAUGUAUAAUAACACACCCGUUUGAUUUAAAUAAACAAGAACAUCACAACAUGCCAAAACAGACAAACACUUUUUUUUUUUUUUCACCUUUUAUGCUUCGCUUCUGAAUGGGCAGGUUUCCGCAGCGCUACCCUGGUGCGCAGUCUCAAAAGAGAUGGUAAUCAAACGAUCACAAGCGGUUACGUUAAUCGCCUCCGUAUAAUAGAUGUCUACUGUGUACUACACACUAUAUUGUACAACACACAUACGAACAUUCGACGCUGUUUGGUGUUUGUGUGUGGACGGCCAAUUUUGAGACGCAACGACAGUUGAACCAAUGGCAAUCGUUUAGGGGCCGGGCUUCCAUCCGCACUCUUUACACAUACUGUACCCUCGUCUAAUACACACAUGUGUGAACUGUCGGGACCGAUGCCGCACCAUCACCAGCUAUAGCUAACUGGGUAAAUAGACGUUGCACUCAAACAUCUCUCGGUGAUUCCACAUAAUAACGAAAAACUUUGUCCCUCACCGACACAGUUUGUCAUCAACGUUGCGCCGGAGAGGAACGUUGUCCGUGAAAAAGCCAUUUGUUUUUGCUGCGCGUUACUUACAAUAGGCACCCCGUAUUGGCAAUGAGAGUGUACUAGCGUGGCAUUUGUUUUAUUUUUGUUUUCGAUUGAAGAUUUGUUGUCUGGUUGUUUGAAAAGUGAUUACGUCGUCUUCCAUUCGAGUUGACUGUUCUUCAUCAACAAGCGUCUUCCAAGGAAAAAUCGAGCGGCAGUUGGCAAGCAAUUAAAGCUGAAAGGCAAAGUCAAAUGGAUCUGUCAUCGCAUCGGAACAGCGGCCAUCAAGUCCCCAGUGGAGACGGAAGCGGAGCAAGUGGCGCAACCGGUCCCGGAUCAGGAGCUAAUGGCAUGAUGAGCCCUCAUGGCUUCUUUGCCGGACUUGCUGGACACAUGGGUUCACCGCAUCAACACCACGGCCAUCACCAACAGCAUCACGGUCAACACCACGCCACUCAUCAUCAUCACCAUCACGGAGGGAUUCCUCCGACGGCGGCAGCGGCCGCGGCCGCCAUGCUCCUCCGCGCAUCCGAGCGCUACCAGCGGACGCCCAAGUGCGCCAGGUGUCGUAACCACGGAGUGGUCUCUGCCCUUAAAGGACACAAACGCUACUGUCGCUGGCGUGAUUGUGCUUGCGCCAAAUGCACUCUCAUAGCCGAAAGGCAGCGCGUUAUGGCCGCUCAGGUGGCUCUCCGCAGGCAACAAGCCCAGGAGGAGAAUGAGGCUCGAGAAUUAGGACUGCUCUACACUGUCCCUUCAGGCGGGAUAAAUAACAUGAGCCAACAAACUGGUUCACAAGGUCCGACCGGUCAAGAAUCUCCUAGCCGUUCGAUGAGCGAUCGAAGCGGAAGCGGUGGGAAAUCCGCCAAUAGAGGAGAUUCCGUUUGCGAGUCGUCUGCCAAUAACGGCUACGAAAGCGGUGUGAAAAGAUUGAACUUUGCUGGCCGUGAGGCCGGUCAGCAUCCGCCUGGAUCGUUAUCUUCGAACUGUACGGCCGCAAACGAACGAGAUGAAUCGUCACAUUAUCAUUCUUUCAUGAACAGAAAGGGCGAAGGUUUGCUGGUACCUGUCGAUCCGGUCUCUCCUGGAACCAACAGGGCCUCUAAGAUGAGCAAUAACAGCAUGUCACCCAAGAGUCCACUGCUGAUGGAUUCAGAUUCGGAGGAUGCAGGUGAUUCCGACAAUCAUAGCCACCCAACAGACGAACCGGAAUUGCCAUCCGAUAGGACGAAAUUCGAUCUUCCCGAUGUGGACGAUAACGCUUCAGCGCUGGAUGCGACUAGCGGGGGUGGCGGAGGUAGCGAGCCGGAAGCAGCAAGUAAAAGAGCACCACUGGACACUCUCGCCAGACUUUUCCCACAGACUAAACGAGCCACACUCAAGUCUACUCUGGAUAGAUGUGAUGGAGAUGUACUCCGGGCCAUCGAACAGCUCGUCUACCACAACAAUAAUCCGCAGCCGGACAGCAACAACGCGCUAAACACUAACGCGGUGAACGCGGAAGGACCUCCAGCUGGAAAUCAUCAACAUAAACGCAAAUCGUUGCAACAUUCGUCGUCUGGAACGCGGGAGAAGCAGAUGCCGCGAUACAAUCACCAUCAGCAUCAUCUUCAUCAGCAGGCGGAAGCGUCUCUGCAAUGGAAGAAUUGCCUGUCGGCAGUCGGAAGCAGUUUCCCCAAUGCUGGAAGUAUGACCGGAUCAUCGUCCCGACCUCCAAUGUUUCCCAUUCAAUCCGGUUAUUUUCCAGCCGCAUUUGGUUACGGAGCAUCCAGCUUCCUGGCCGGCAGUUUCCUCCGGCCGGAUUAUCCCGUUUUUCCAGGAAUGAAUCUGCUAGCGUCAGCCGGUGGAUCGGCACAAUCCGCCCCGUUAGAGCCCGUGAAUCCGGCGAGCUAUGCGGCCUAUCAUUCGACCCCCAACGUCGUCCUACACCACACGAGCCCUGGCAGCGGCGGAGGCGCAGGAGGCGUCAUCAAACAGGAGAACGAGUUGGGUGUAAUCACGUCUGAAAAUCAGAGCAAUUCUCCGCGUUCCGACCGGAGUGAGCGGUCACCUUAUUCCGAUUAAUGAAUGAUUAGAUUAAACAACAUUUUGGAAACGUAACAAUUAUAAUUAAAAUAUUGCCGAAAUGAGAUGUGUUGUAGGAAAAAGAUAGUUGGUGGACAUCUCGUUCACCUAUGUCACUCAUCCCGCAGAUGCGCGUAGUAGCCUCUAGGCUACAAUCUCGUUGUCAUUCUCGUUUUAUUCCAGUAUGAUAAUGUCUUGUAGUAAAUCCCGAUUUUCUUUUUUACGUGUCGUUUUGCAUCUCGGUGUUUUGGAAUACGGUCACGCAACUCGAUAGUUAAGUACCAAGUAUUAUUAUCUCAUUAUCCGCCGUGCUUGUUACCAAUUGGACUUUGAUGGUUUCAUGUGUUUCAAGUGUUGUAAAGAAAAAAAACCAAAACAAAAAGAAAGAAAACAAAUUUGAUUUUGUCAAUAAUCGUCGUGUAGAUUCUCAAAGAACAUAGAGCUCCCCAUUCUGGAUGUUUUCGCCCCGGUUAUCUAUUUCGACACCCAUUUUACAUAUACAAGUACGUGUUACAUAAAGCUAAUCACCACUGUAAGCAAACACGAGUGAUUUUCACCAGACUUACCAGUUGCCAUUUGAAUCACAUUUUCGACCUUUUCUAAACUAUUUAUUAUUCGUAAAUGUUUUUCGCUUCGUCCUCCACAUAAUCCUUGAUGUGCAACGCGUUAAAUGAAUCGCUGGCGUGUAUAUUAAACCGUGUCCGAUUAAAAUUAUUACAGUGCGGGAGCGUGUCAAACGUCACAGGCAGCCCUUCGCUCGUGUGUGACCAUCAUCCCCUUCUCCCUCCCGUUCCGUUUUUUCUGUGUAAAUAGCCACCGCCGUUCGGUAAUCUCCCUCUCACCCUAAAUCUCUUUCUUUGUGUCACCAUGACAUCUAGUUGUAAAUGCAAGUAUGCAAAGUGAAACCUUUGCAAAUGCUAAUUGACCGACGGAAACAUCUCCGCCCGGCGACAGCAGCGCAUCCACUACAGAACACACUUCACAAACACCCACGCACGCAAGAAAUUUUUUAUUUUUUCAAAAUGGAAGCGACAUUUUCAAAUUUUUCCCGCUUCAGGAUUGAAAUGCGUCGUCUAUCCAGUAAUUUGUGCCAAGCCAAAACCAUUUAAUGGGCAGCGAACCCCCACGCUCCCACUUAUUAUUGUACAUCAUCUUCGCUGCUUUCCGAAUACAAAGAGAUUCAACAGUU